GAUUAGGAGACAACAAUUCACUCCAUCUAGACUCAUACCUGCCCUGCUGUUACUUGGCUCUUGUUCUCUUUGAUGAACACACGUGGACUACUGAUUUCGAGCCCUUAAUGGUACGCAUACCAGCAACAUAUUUGGGUAUCGCACAAGCUCUAGACCAUGUGCUGCAAUACAGCAGUUAUCUGCUGUUGCCCGCGUCAUUGAAGCGGUUUAACCGUCCAACAAUAGCCCGCGGCCAGGCCAACAUCAUUUGGGAACAGUACAGUCCCAACUGGGGUAGCUGUUAAUUGGGCACUGGUCGCCAUAGUGAUGUUCGGCUAGAACUAAAAGACAUAAGGCAUAGUGGGAGAAUCUACCGCAUCACAAGACUCCUUGUCUUUCACCUGGUUUUCAUAUUAACUGCGUGCCC